AUGGACGCCAACAAACCGAGCAUAGAACAGGACGAGAACAUCGCCAAGGGCGACAAUGGCAGCCUCAGACCUACGGCCUCGAACCCAACUCCCGUGGAAUGGGCGCAGCACUUCACAAGCCAGGACGAGGCCUGGCACAAGAAUCUGGACAAGACUCUUUUGAAGCGCGUAGACCGGCGCCUCAUGCCAACUCUCGUGGUCAUGUACCUUCUCAACUUCCUCGACCGCUCCAAUCUCGCCCAGGCCCGCCAGGGAACGCUCGAACGAGACCUGGGCAUGACGGGCACCGACUUCAACCUCGCGACCUCCAUCUUCUUCGUCGGCUACCUCCUCAUGCAGCUCCCCUCGAACCUGCUCCUGACGCGGGUGAAGCCGUCUUUCUACCUCGCGGCCUCGUGUUGCAUGUGGGGCGUCGUGUCGACCUGCAAUGCCGCGGCGCAAUCCUUCACUCACCUCAUCGUCAUCCGCUUCUUCCUCGGCUUCGUCGAGGCGCCCUUCUUCCCCGGCGCCGUUUUCCUCAUGAGCUCGUGGUACACCCGUGCCGAGCUGACCCGCCGUAUCGCGUACCUGUACGCCGGCAACGCGCUGGCCAACAUGUUUGGCGGUCUGCUCGGCGCCGGCAUCCUUGGCGGCCUGGAGGGAGACCUAGGCAUCGCCGGGUGGAGGUGGCUUUUCAUCAUCGAAGGCGUAGCAGCCAUCGCUUUCGCGCUCGUCGCCAUGUGGAUUUUGCCCGACUACCCGCACACGACGAAGUGGCUGACGGACGAGGAACGCGCGUACGCCGCCUGGCGCCUGAUCGAAGACAUUCAGGAGGCCGACACGUAUGGCGAGCAGGGCAUCAUGGACGGCGUCAAGAUGGCCGUGCGCGACUACCGCCUAUACAUCUUUGUGCUAAUGCAGCACGUCAGUCUGAUAUCGCAGACGUUCCAGUACUUCUUCCCGACCAUCGUCGGCACGCUGGGGUACGGCAAGAUUAACACGCUCUGGCUCACCGCGCCCGCUUGGGCCGCGACCUUCCUCAUCUCGCUCUGCGUCACCUGGUCUUCGGCAAAGACGAAGGACCGUUCUCUCCACAUCGUGGGCCUCACUCUCCUUUCGGCCGUCGGCAACGCCAUCGCCACCGGCUCGACCAACAUCGGGGCCCGCUACUUUGCCAUGUUCCUCAUGCCCAUGGGCGCCAUAUCCGCGUAUCAGAUCAUUGUGUCCUGGGUAGCAAACUCCUUCCCGCGGCCGCUAGUGAAGCGGUCCGCCUGCAUCGCCAUCGCCAACAUGAUCGGCAACACGGCGACCAUCUACGGCAGCUACAUGUAUCCCAGCCAGUCGGGCCCGCAGUACAUAGCGGGCGGCAGCGCCAACACGGCCAUUUGCGUGCUGGUCGCCGCGCUCGCGCUCGUCCUGCGGUACCUGCACAAAUGGGAGAACAAGAAGCUAGAGAGGGCGGAGCAGGACGCGGCGGUGUUGGCGGAGGGCGGCGAGAAGCUGCCCGUCGACUUGAAGCAGGAGAAGAGGGCUGCCGGAUUCAGGUACAUUUACUAG